CUGUUUUGUGCAACCUGUGAAACUCUCUUUCAGUGGUCACAGGCUGCGUUUCAAAUCAUAUUUAUAUUAACAAUCACUUUCUAUGAACUGAAAAUGUGGUAAAGACUCAGAAAGCUGUCUGUGACCAUAAUGAAUUUUCACUCUAUAGCGGAAUGUGUGCUGAUGUGAGGCUUCCUGGCUAACUAAAACAUGGUGCCAGUCCGGGACUUGAAUCUGGGGCCUUUGCCUUUUGCAGACAAGUGCUCUACAGACUAAAGUAUCUAAGCAUGACCCAGAGGACACUCUCACAUAUUUACUUGUGCUGUACCUCUUCUCCUACCUUCCAAACUACACGGCCAAGUUCUCCUGCAUACCUUGCAGGACUAGCAGCACACACUCCAUAGUACAGUGAAAAUUCAUACUGGAAACAAUCCUCUUGGCUGCAGCUAAACCAUUUAUUUGCAGAUUUACUGUAUGGUUAAAUGAUGAAGCUUUACUGUAUGGUUAAAUGAUGAUGGCAUCCUCUUGGGUAAAAUAUUCCGGAGGUAAAACAAUCCCCCAUUCGGAUCUCCAGGCGGGGACUACUCAAAAGGACAUCGUUUUCAGGAGAAAGAAAACUGGUGUUCUAUGGAUUGGAGCGCGGAACGUCAGAUCUCUUAAUCAGGCAGAUGUGCCUUCUGCUUGCUGCGAUAUGAACACAACCCACAGGAAUACUGUGGCUCCUUGCCACAUUCUAACUGCUGAUGUCUUCUCAGACUCUGAGACCAUUUUUAUGAUUUCAUGUUGUCAUAUUGAUGCAAAAUGUUAUUAUGUAGAUAGAUUUGAAAAUGAUAUACUCUUUAAAUAA